UCAUCAACACCUGUCCUUUGCAUCACUGACAAAAGACUGCCCGAGCGACCCACCUGCAGCCUCUUGAUUCACCAUGAGCGUCAAAUCCUUCCAGAGUGUGCAGCGGAGCUCCUCCGUGUACCGACAGGGCAGCGUGGUCAGAAGCUCCUCGAGCGUGUACGGCGGGGCGGGCGGCAGCGGAGCGCGCACCUCGGCGUGUUUCGGGCCGGCCGUUGUCGAGAGGGGCUCGUCCUUCGACCGCGCCUCCGUGUUCAGGUCGAACCUCGGCGUGGGCCUCCACUACGACGAGCAGGCCACCAUGCAGAACCUGAACGACCGCCUGGCCACGUACCUGGAGAAGGUGCGCACGCUGGAGAUGGCCAACGCCGAGCUGGAGGUGAAGAUCAAGGAGUGCUACGGCCAGAGGAUCAUCGUGUCCGAAGAUUACAGCCAGUACCACGUCAUCAUCGAAGACCUCUUUAGAAAGAUUUCCAUGGCCGACCAGGAGAAGGAAAAGGUUUAUUUGGACAUUCACAACGCCAAAUGUGCUGCUGAUGACUUCAAAAUGAAGUACGAGAGUGAACUCGCCAUACACCAGAUAGUGAUGGCUGACAACAUCAGCCUCAAGGAGUUCCUGGACCAGCUGACUUUAACGCGCUCCGAGCUGGAGACGCGGAUCGAGGGUCUGAGACAGGAAAAGGUUUACAAUAAGAAGCACCACCUGGAGGAAAUGGCCGUGCUGAGAGCUGAGGUGAAGAAGCAUCUGGUGGUCGUGGAGGUGGACUUCCCGCCCCCGGAGGACCUGGCUAAGAUCCUGGAUGAGAUGCGCGCCCAAUACGAGGCCACCAUCAUCAAGAACACACGCGAGAUCGAGCUCUGGUACAAGACCAAGGUGACGGAGUUAAACCCAGAUGGCUUUGACUGGAACACUGAGCUGGACAGGCUGCACAUUCAGCUCAGUGAAGUGAGGAGAACCGUGCAGAAGCUGGAGAUCGAGCUGCAGUCUUCAUUCAGUCUGAACGCAGCCCUGAAGGUGUCUCUGCAGGAGAUCCAGUCCCGCUUCAGCCUGCAGCUCAGUCAGUUCCAGACCAUCAUCAGAGUCCUGGAGGUCGACGUGGGCCAGGUGCGCGUCGACAUCGAGAGGCAGAGCAGCGAGUACAAGAUGCUGCUGGACAUCAAGACCCGGCUGGAGCUGGAGAUCGCCGAGUACAAGAGACUGCUGGACGGACAGCAAAUAAUUCAGAAAGAGAUUAUAGUGGUUAAGCAGGUCAUAGAGCCUCAGGUGACCAAGAGGGUGAGGACCAUAGAGGAGGUGAUCGUGGACGGAAAAGUGAUCUCCCGCGAGGAAGACGUGGAAGAGGAGAAGGUCGAGAGAGAUGACCUCCCAGGUCACAUGGUAACAGGACAGGAGUAGUGGCCAGCGCAGCAGCACAAACCACAACAAUCUGCCAAUCUGGAUACAAAUGGAGUUCGGCCACCUUGUGUUUCCUGAAGCAGUUGUAACGAGCAAUAAAAAAGCAGUGGUCGUUGCUUAUGCAAGUAGCUGUGCAA